GAGGUCGUUCCGGAUGUUGGCGAUGCAGGUUUUUUCGCCGGAUGCAGUCACCUUAGGCGCCUUGCUCUCUGUGUACCUGGUGGCCUCAACAUGGCAGCAGGCGGCAAAGUCGCUGGAAACUGCUGCUUGCUGUGGAGUUCGUCCGGACAAAGGAUGCCUCGAGGCCUCCGCCGCAGUUUGCGCCCGACGUGGGCGCUGGAGACGGGCCUUGCACGUUGGUGGCGGAUGCUUUCCUGACGGCAUGUCAAAGGGGCCCUGGCACCUUUCGCUCUCUUGGAUGCAGGUCGGCGUCCAGUUUCGCCUGGCUUCGCGGGAAGUCGUGACAAGUGGUACCGAGGCAUCGAUCCGCUCUCGGCGAUGGCAGCAGGCUCUUCGGGCCGCCGAGGCCAUGGUUUUAGACCCGGCGCUGGCAGCCUUGGCCGUGAAAGCUUGCGAG